AUGGUCAGUGAAGAAGAAAUGUUGUGGGUGCUCGAAAAAGUGUCGAUUACACGGGGCUGGUUCUCCGGCCGCCAGAAGGCCAUGGCUGUGAGGAGGGCCAACGAAAAGAACGAAAAAGAAGUGUUGGGGGCAUGUCGAAGCGCCUGGCAUUUGGCCAAAUUAUACAUACGUGGCGCAGUGUUUGUGUGGACGGGCGGCUCUUCCCGUUUGUCCGAUCCGAGUGCUCAGCCGAAGAAUAUUUCCCGAACAACUUCUUGA